AUGGACAGAAGAAGGCCGCGCGUUUCGAAGUGAAGCUUCUCGUAAGGGUUCUAUGAGUUAAAAGAAAUGGCAAACUUCAGAGACUUCUUCUAGUUCAUCUCAUGCUAUAUUGGUUUUCUUCCUUUGACAGUCAAUUUUUGCAUUUUUCUAGCUUCCCAGAUUCAGACUUCAGAAAUGAAUCUAAGGAGUUUUACUAACUUUUCAAGACCAAGAUCUGAAGAUUCGAACAUCGCAACGUUUAGGUCGGAGAGGAAGGUGCGCCACUGACGACGCCUCCGGCCAAGGUCCACAAUCCAGAGACGGACGCGAUGAACGCCCACACGGCGACGAUGGCCGCUCAUCUGGCCAAGGUGAGCAACGAACAGCCGGCCGAACCCGCCGAGGCCUACGCCAACGGAGGAUCCACCGCCGUCCUCAACUCGGCCCCGAUUUCUCAUGUCAACAGCCAUCGGUUGCAGUCUCCAUUGCAGAUUAUUGAUCAGGUAACUUGAUUGGGAAUUUCUGAUUCUAGCUUAGUUACUUUUUUUUCGAGAGUUUUCAUAGUCUCCAAGUAUCAGUUUUUCAUAUUACUUCUCUGAAGUUCCCAGUUUCUAAAAACAAAUACUUUAAAGUUUUCAUUUCAUCAGUUACUCGAAAAAAUUCCACUCGGAAAUGAUUAUGAAGUUUUGAGUUUUUAAAAUUUCGAAAUAUUUUUUUGCCAGAAUGCUUUCAUUAUCUUUGAUUUUUCACGAGAAAUGUAUAUUCGAAAAAAAGGGCAAAAAUGAGAAUUUCCGGCCCAUCUUCUUUUGUGUUGAGCGUAUAUGUGACCACCAAAUCGAGGGCAAAAAACCAUUCAUCUUUUUUUUGUCUUUCUUCUCCAUUCAGUAGAUACGUCGUCGUUUUCUCUUCUCACUGACACACGUCCCGUGUUGGCUGUUUAUUAUUUCUGCCUUUUUUUGUACUUUUUUUCAAAAAUAUUCUCUGACUAUGGCCCAUUGCAACAUUUUCCGGCUGAUUUGGCCGAAAAGAAAAGUUUGUUGAUUUUUUUUGAAGUUGAAAGAGGUUUUUUUUUUGUCUCGACAACAAAUUGGUUUAAAAAAGGCUAACAAGAAACAUUUUCAGACUUGUUUUUCCAUAUCUAAAAAUAUUUAGUAUUAAAAAGUUCUGUAUUAGAAAAAAGCUCAUUUUACAUCCGGUCGGGAAUCUCCUGAUUUUUUUUUUUCGAAAAUCGACGAUUUAAAGUCGAAGAACACCAUUAGAAUAGGGUUGUAUGAACUAAAUAGAAAGAAUAUAUUUUUUUUUGUUAGUUCAAGAUACAAAUAUGGUAAGAAUACCAUUAAAAAAGUACAAAGAGCACAAUAAAAAGUCUAAAAAAAUGUUCUAAGCACAAAAAAUGUAUAGAGAGUAAGAAUGUGUUUAAAAAACUAUACAAUACUACAAUUUAAAAAAUCGGAAAAAUAUUUGAAAAAAUAUUUUUAACAGCUCAAAAUACAUGGAGAGGAUUUUCAGGUGGAACAAAUGCAAAAAGACGAAAUGGACCAACUCUUACAACGGCUUCAAAUGGAGAAUCUCCAGCUUCGGAAAGAGUUGGAGAGGAAAAAGCACGCCAGCACUUCUGAUAUCAAUUAGUCAGUUCGAAGCAGAAAAAUGACCUUGAAUUACAUUUUUAGCCAUUCUCAACGACGGAGCGAAAGUCGGACGGCGACUCUGCCACUGAGAAAUACAAACGGCCGAAGUGUUCCUUCUCUGAAAAGCACACAGAGUCAGAGCGAUGUUCGUAAAGAAGAUUACUGUUAAAAAAAAAAAGUAAUAAUAAAGUAGAUUAGUAAUUAAUUUUCAUUCUGAAGAAAAGUGAGUAACCAAAAAAAAAUAAGGAAAAAGGGAUAGAUUCGAUUAGAUGAUCUCAUGAGUUGGAUCAAAUCUACAAUAUUUCAACAACUUUUUUUCAAAUAUUAAUAUUGAAACAGAACUUAUAGUUAGAAAAAAAUAACUUUUUUUUUCUGGAUUUUUUUUCCCGAAACUACCGCAAAAGUUACUAGCAACUGAUUGAAAAAAAUGUAUUUAUUAUCGUUAAAAAUAAUUAGAAAAAUGAAGCUCCAUGUUUCAAAUUUUGAAGGAAACGUUAAGCAAAAAAAAAAAUUGGAAGUAAUUUUUUUUUGGAACAAUUAAGUUUUUGUUUUUUUCAGACCUUUUUGAUAGUUUGAACGUUUAAUUUUCAAUGUCAAAGCUCUUGGUCGCAUGAGAAACGGCUGGGUGAGCCGAGUAGCGCCCGACCCAAAACGGUUUACGCAACAGUACGAAAUAAAUCAUAAAUGCGACGCUUUGAGCCAUUCCACCUGCGACCACGGGGUUUAAAGGCACAAAAUUGUUUCAAAUAUUAUUUUUAUCCAAAUAAUAAGGUUAUUCUCAAAAAUUUACCUCAAUACCAAACGUUUCCCAAAGAUUUCCCUUUACUGGGAAAAAUCCUCCCAUAAAUUCCAGUUUUUUCACUUGGACACACACACACAUUCGCACUUGCAAUUCUCCUCGUUUUAUCUCCACUUUCCCUGUUUUUUUUUUCAGAAUAAUUGAGGAAUGGUCACACCUCAUUCGAACAAGCAAAACUUUGAACUUUCCUGUUUCAAUUCGAGUUUGUAGGUGAUGGAUGAAGCCAAGGCGUUGCGAGUCCACAAACAACGGUUGGAGCAUCGAUCGAGGAUUUUGGAGCAGCAAAAUGAGCAACUCGAGAUCCAGCUGCAACGAUUGAAGAAGAUCAUCAAUCAGGUCAUUUCAGGGGAAAAUUUUGAAAGAGUGAAGGAAAUUCUGUAAAUUUUUAGCUUUCAUGACAUUAUUUUGAAGCAAGGAACUAAAAAAAUUAACAAAAAAAAAAUCAAGAAAUUAAAAAAUUUUCUAUCAGGAUAUUUUAAAAAAAGGCUACUUCCUUGAGAAAGUGAGAAGCUACUGUGAAAUUCAAGCUUUUUCGACGUUAUUUUGAACAAAAGGUUGAUAUAGUCGGGAAUAACCUGAAAAAAAUACUUGAAAAGAAAAAUUAGAAAUGAGGUUUUCUGUUGAUUUUUUUUCACAGGAAUAAAAAAAUUUCAAAAUAUUAUUUUUUUCAAAAAUUUUUUUAAAAAUUUAGUUUUAGCUUCUUUAGGAGAUUGACUUUUUCUCCCAAAUUAUUAUUUGUAAAAAAAUAUGAAAUUUUGAUAGUUAAUAGAAGUUGAUAAGAUUCGAUGGCGGUAAUUCAUUUUUUUCGAAAAAAAUUGCAUCAAAAAAAGAACUUUUCUGUCGUUUUUUUAUUCGCUUUUUGCGCUAUUUUCUGGUCAAAAAAAUAGUUUUUUUCUGGCUUGUAUAGAAAAAAAUUACCUGAAAUUAAAACUAUCUGAAAAAUAAUUACCAAAAAGAUUAUUUGCAGCAAAAAGAGUCGAGCAGUGUCGCUCCAUCGCAAAGGGCGACGUCGACGUUGGGCGUCGCCGAUUCUCUGUGGACCCCGGAGCCGCAGACGGAAGCCCGCGACGUCGGCGACGGCGAGUCGCAGAUGCGAGGCUCGCAGAUGCAGUCGCUGAUGACGGCCUGCGACGACCUCGGUCGCGCCAUGGAGUCGCUCGUCGUCUCCGUCGUCUACGAUUCCGAGGACGAGGAGCAGUGA